AUGGGUAAAAAGGCAUCUCGCCCGCCCGUUUCGAAAACUUCGUCCGCUGCGUCGCCCGCAGUGUCUAGCCAGACAUAUGCCGGGAAUAAAUCUUCGAUAUUGAAAGCGUCAUUUGCACCGUCCGAAUAUCAAUUGGCGCUUUUUGCGUCUGUCAUCCAAGGCCUCGAUGCUCAGCACCUCCGAAUCCAUGACAUAAACACCGGUCGGUUACAAUGCGAGCAUGUCCUUGGUCCCAAGGAGACAGUCACGUCUUUGGAUUGGGGUUUCUAUCUCGGAAAACAAAGGGACCGCGACCAGCAAUCGAAAAAGAAGAGGAAGCGCAACUCUGAUGUCAAUGGGACGGCUGAGGGUCUUGAGCAAGGAGACAUCGUCGUUGCUUUUGGUACGAGCGUUUCCGACAUUCGGAUGUACUCGCCUGCGGAAGAUAAGGUCGUCGCAACCCUGGAGGGCGGACACGACAAGGGCAUCAGGGACUUCAAGUUCACUGCGAACCGACCGGGUCAGGAGGGCUGGAGUAUUGGCAGUGACAACAAGCUGGUGCAAUGGGAUUUGUGCUCUGGAAAGGCCAUCAGAACUAUUCAUCUACCGAGCACCGGAUACAGCACCCUUUCUCGCCCCGUCUCUUCGAACCCGCCCGUGAUCUGUGCAUCUCAGGCGCCACACAUCAUCGACAUCGAGGAAGACGAGUCGACAGUAUCUUUCCCUGCUAUGCGCAACCAGAUACGGGAAAUUAUCACUUCUUCCACGGCAUCUAUUGACUCGGGGCUAUUUCUUGCCUCUGAUGGCGAUCGCUACAUCAAUGUUUUCGACGUGCAAGGCCGCAAGCUUGUGAUGAACCUCGUGACCGACACAGAAGUGUCGUCGUUGGCAUUGUGCACGAGCUUGGGACAGCAGGCAGGUGAAAUACCGGAACUGGAGAAGCAGGUCCUCGCUGCCGUGACCGAAGAUGGUACCAUCGAGCUGUUCCCGAGACCAUUUGUGCUGUCAAAGGAUCAAAGUGUGAAGGCCAGUCUCAAGGCUAAGGGACGACAACUGACUAGGCGGGCGGAGUCAUCCAUCAAGAUCACUCAAUCCGAGACUUCAGACACCUCCGCCGCUGUGGUCGCCGCAGCAUUUCAAGGAUCCGAUCUCAUCAUUGCUUGCGCUGAAGGAGGCAUUGUCCCAGUUUUUGAGCGGGUCACAUGUAUCAAUGCCGAUACUGAGGAGUUGGCUUUCACGGGACUAAGGAAGGUUGCUAAGACAAAAUCCAGCUCCGCUCUUGCGUCGGUAACCACAAACGGAGCUCGGACUGCCAGUGAAACUCAUGUGGAUGAGUCUCGGACAGUCGUUGAGCAAGGAGAUCUUGCCGAAACCGAUGUCGAGAUGCAAGAUACAAGAGAUGAUGCCGUACCGGCAGCUGAUACUGAGGGGGAGGAUUCGGAAGAUGAGGACGUGGCGAAGAAACCGACAGACAAGAAGGCCCUCCAGCAGCAGAAGUCCAAGAAGGAUGCUGAUAGCGAUGUUGACAUGCGGUCAGAUGGCGGAGAUGAGGAGGAUGAGGACGAGGACGAGACCGGAGAGCCAUCUUUUGGUGAGCUCCUACGCGCUCAUGCCUCCGAGGAGGUCGAUGUUGAAGCCGAGCUCGAAGACGACGUCCGCAUCGGAUCUCUGGUUCCUGGGAAACCCAAUGCGGCGGUUCAGCAGAUCACCUCGGGCGUCACAUUGUCGACUGUACUUUCCCAAUCCCUCAAGACGAACGACAACGCCAUGCUCGAAUCAUGCUUCCACACUGGUGACCUGACUAUCAUCCGCGAAACCAUCCAGCGUCUGGAUUCGUCGCUCGCCGCCACCCUGCUCCAGAAGCUGGCUGAACGUCUCUCCUCCCGCCCCGGUCGCUAUGGACACCUUCUCGUGUGGGUGCAGUGGACUUGCGUUGCUCAUGGUGGCGCACUCGCCGGCAAGCCAGAAUUACUGAAGCGGAUGUCUACGCUCUUCAAGGUCAUGGACCAGCGCUCUUCCAGCCUAUCCUCCUUGCUACUACUCAAGGGCAAACUUGAUAUGCUACAUGCGCAACUUGGCUUGAGACAGUCUCUCCGUGGCGGGGCGGAUGGUAUGGAUAGCGAGGAUGAGGAGAACAUCAUCUACGUUGAGGGUCAAGAAGAGUUCGAGGAUGAGGACAGCGAUGCCGAUACCGCGAAGCACGCGGUGACACCCCGAACCAAGUCGAUACGCGACCAGACUUAUGACGAGGACGAUUCCAUGAUCGACGGUGAGCAGUCCGGCCGCGAUGAGGACGAUGACGAGGAGGAUGAGGGCAGCGAGGAGGAGGAUAACGACGAGGAUGUGUUCGAUGUCGAGGCGGAGGAGUCCGUUGGCUCUUCUGAUGCCGAGGAAUCCCUGGAGGAGGACGGGGAUGAGGACGACGAGGAUGCCGAGAGCGUGGGCUCAAUGGCUGAUUUCAUCGCCGACACCGAAGAUGAAGCAUCGGAAGAUGGCGGGUUGUCUGCCCAGCCUCCUCCAUCCAAGAAAGCCAAGUUCAGUGGUGGAGGAAAAGGGAAGAAGGCGGGAAAGAGAUAG